GCCUGUGUACCGACCGGCAUUGCAAUACCGCGCGCGUGCCACGCUUGGGUUAGAGUCUUGGCAGCAAAUUCUGAUCAACUUCAACACCAACUUCGCUUUCCAUCUUUGCCUUCAUCUCGACGUGCCAAGCCAGCAAAGCAGACCAUCACGGCACGCAAAAGUCGUUGCCAAGACGUCGGUUCUCCCAAUGCUUUCUCCUGCUUGACAUAA